CGGAAGUUUGCGUUGUGACGUGCAUCUGCCCAGCCGUGUGGUCGACGCACUUUCAUGCGCGGUUGCUAUUUCUUUUUGUUUUCCGAUGCAUAGUCAGCGCUUGACGCGCUGCGCCAUCCAUCUGGUAUGGUUUUGCGCGUUUUGGCAGUUGUCAUUCGUAGCUCUUGUUCCCACAUCGUUUGUUGUUGCGCACUUGCCGCUUGAGGGGAGAUGGUGCAAUUUGUGGCGUGCAUACGUUGUUGCCACUUGACGUGUUUUGUUUUGUUAUUUUUUCCUGCUUGUUGCCGCGCAAUCGUCGGCUAGAGGGUCUUUCUGCCUUGUACCAAUUUGUGUUUUUCUCUUUCGGCUCUUGCUUCGCGUUUUUCGUUUCCUGAUUGGUUUUCUGUACUGCUGCGUGGGUGGCGGAGCUUUUGUGUCUCACGAUUUUGCACCUUUCAUUGUUCUACGUUAGCGAAUGCUCUGGGGUAGUUGGCGGCAUUCACCUCCAAAUUUUCAAAGCCAGGUUCUUCGCAUCCCUUGCAGCCAAUCAAACCGUGGCUCCCCUUUUACGAGCCGCGCUCUCCAAAGGGGGACUUCGCGCCUUGUAAGUUGGGACAUGGGCUUUAAAUUUCGGCUGCCGAGGCCACGUCACAGUAGGUGAGGUAAUUAACCGCUGCAACUUGUCUUUGAAUUUAUGGUUUCAGCCCCGCCAGGUACCAAUGAUUUUUUUUGCCGUACGUAAUGUCGUAUAUUCGCGCAUAAUACUGCUCCAUAUGCUGCGUGUACUGCGCCACACUUGAAAUUGUCGGUGUCCAUGAAUGUUUCCCCGUGCAAUGUAGGUCGAAUUUACGGGCUUGAAACGGGUAAGGAGUUCGUCAUGAAACUGCUUCCAUGCGAUUUCGCGCUGUAGAAGUUGACUGUUGUUGAAGAUCCAUUCGAAAGCCGGACCACGCAUGAGCGUCGCUGCGAACUGAACCAUUUUGUUGUCGUGGGUCAUCAUUAACCAUCCGAUCACCGCGAAAUAAUUUUGAUGUCUCCGAUCUAUCGACGAACGCCACACGAUCUAUCGCUGGGGUCGAACGGUUCACGUGCAUGAAAAUGAGGAGCCUCGGGUUGGCUCGUUGUCAACUGAUGCGAUGCCGUCGCUGCUGCUUGGCGCACUUGAGGGAGUUCGCCAUGUAACUGUGCGAUUUCGUCUAAGAGCGCGUUUUGUUCUGCUUCCUGUGACGGGGUCGGCAUUAAAAAAAUACAUGAGGGAUCAGUUGCAAAAAACGGAUUCCGUACUUACUUGUCGGCCUCGACUUGAACUGGAUCGCCCGUGCGGUUUUCGAAGCCCCAGUCACUAAAAGUGGUUUAGGCUCUGAUUACCAAGUGUUACAGGAUCGAAUGCGCUAUGCGUAGAAAGGAACAAUUUCCCUCAAGAAGCAACUGUUUUAGAAGCACUAGAGGAUUCGUUGAAAUUCGGUGAACCCUCGGUGCAUGCAACAGUUAAUCUAGGUAACACAUACACUCAUGAUAACCAAGAAUAAUCCCAAUUGCCACUUUGGAUAAAAUAAUCCGAGUGAUUGAAAUGAGUAUCCUAGGUAAUCAAAAGUGUCAUAGAAGAAAAAUAAAAAUAAAAUUCAUUUCUCAUAGGAAAUCUAUCCUGCACUCACAUCAGCGAUGGCACGGAGGCCCGACUCAACAUUCGUCAGGGCGGAGGUUGAGUCAGCGAUGGUGAGGGAGAUGAGGGGCAGAGCGAGGAGCGCGUCUCGCAUAUGGGCGAGACAGUCUGGGAGGCGCGUGGCAAGGAGGAACAGGUUGAUAUACUAGGUACUGUAGGCGGGAAGUGGGUGGUGUGGUGCUCCUUAGGGCAAGCUGCACGCCAGCGAGCCUCCAGGGAUUGCAAGUGCGCUACCAGGUCUGCUACAGUGGAGGAGGCUAGGUCGGGGAAGAGAAACGGCAGGACCACACGACCUAAGGUGGCUGAGGAUAGGGUAGAGUAGCAAGCGACAACUGCAUCCCAGAUACCCUUAGCUGUCUCGAGCGUCUCAAAGUGAGAGUGCUCGGUAGGGGGGAGGGCCUUGGUGACUACAAGCUGCACGGCUGCGUCACGGGACUGCCAGACAGAGAGGGUGGCUAGGGCAAUCUCGAACUCAAUCCAUUGCGCGGACGUCGCGUCAGCAGCAAGAGAAGCGGGCUCUGGGGGAGUAGCUAACGUACCCAAGGUGUGGGCCACAAGGGCCUCGCUGUCCUGCGGAUGGACGUGAGCUGGCGAGGAAGAGCAACCAGCCAGGCCGAGAAUCCAAUCGCGCGAACCUCGGCGUCCAGGCGGAUGACAGCGGCAGGCGGGGUCGCCAUAGCGGCAGCUGGCGGUGACGAAGACUGCAGCAGGGAUGGCAACAGCUACUGUAGCGUCGAGCUACUGCAGCGGUGAGCUGCUGGAGACAAGAGUAGAAAGCCGCAGAUGGUGGCAGCUAAGGGCGACAGCGGGAGGCUCGCUAGUGGCGGCAGAGAGAAGCCGCUAGUAGGGGCAAUAGCGGCGGCGGUAGGGUGGCUACAGAGGCAGCGACAGCGGGCGGUAGCAAGCAGCAGGAGGAGCUGCAGCGGCAGUGGGUGGCAGUAGGCAGU